AUGGGUGCAUCUCGCGCUGAUAAGGAGCUCUACUUCCAAAAGCUCAAGGAACUCUUGAACCAGUAUCCGUCUAUCUUCAUUGUCAAUGUUGACAACGUCGGGUCUAACCAGAUGCACCAAAUUCGUGUUGCUCUUCGUGGCAAGGGUGUCGUCUUGAUGGGAAAGAACACCAUGGUUCGCCGUGCCCUCCGUUCGAUCCUGGCCGAGUCCCCCCAGUUUGAGCGUCUCUUACCUCACGUCAAGGGCAACAUCGGAUUCGUCUUUACCAACGGUGACCUGAAAGAGGUCAGAGACGUCAUUACCGCCAACAAGGUUGCUGCCCCCGCUCGUGCUGGUGCUUUCGCUCCCAAGGAUGUUACCGUUCCUGCAGGUAAUACUGGUAUGGAACCCGGCAAGACUUCCUUCUUCCAGGCGCUCGGUAUCCCUACCAAGAUUGCUCGUGGUACCAUCGAAAUUGUUUCCGAUAUCAAGGUUGUCACUGCUGGAACCCGUGUUGGAUCGUCCGAGGCUACACUUUUGAAUAUGUUGAACAUUUCGCCCUUCACAUACGGAAUGACUGUUGCCCAGAUCUAUGACGCUGGAACCACCUUCCCACCUAACGUUCUUGACGUCGACGAAUCUGAACUCAUUAGCCGUUUCGCUACUGGUAUCCGGAACAUCGCCGCCAUAUCGUUGGCUAUUGAGUUCCCCACCAUCGCCUCCAUCGGCCAUUCUUUGGUCAACGCGUACAAAAACUUGCUUGCUGUUUCCAUUGCGACUGACUACACCUUUGAAGGUGCUGAGAAGGUCAAGGAAUAUCUCGCUAAUCCCGAGGCCUUCGCCGUUGCCGUUGCUCCUGUCGCUGCUGAUUCUGCACCCGCUGCUGCUGCCAAGGAAGAGGAGAAGAAGGAGGAAGAAGAAGAAUCUGAGGACGAUAUGGGCUUUGGUCUGUUCGAUUAG